AUGGUCACCUAUGGAGGAGACGAAGUAAACGCGCUUGUGUUUGAUAUGGGAUCAACCUCAUUCCGGGUUGGCUUCGCAGGUGAAGACGUCCCUAAAGCAACUUUUCCCACUUCAUACGGUAUCGAUAAAGACAACAACUACUAUAUUGGCGAGAAUAAAAUCAAUACAUGGAGGCCUGAUAUGGAAAUAAAAAAUCCAAUGGAAGAUGGCCUCGUUAAAGAUUGGGAUGCAGUAGAAUACUUAUGGAAAGCAGCUUACAAUGAUAUGUUACGUGUCGAUUCUUCACAACAUCCUUUAUUAUGUACUGAGCCCGCUUGGAAUACUCCAGAGAACCGAGAAAAGAUGAUGCAAUUAGCUUUCGAAAAGUUCGAUGUACCUGCAUUUUAUGUUUCCAAAGAUGCAGUUCUUACAGCUUUUUCAGUGGGUAGAGCAACAGGUUUAGUGUUAGAUUCUGGAGGAGAUGUAACAAGUGCGGUACCUGUUUAUGAUGGUUACGUAUUGAAGAAGGGUAUACUUCACCAACCUAUUGGCGGCAAUCUACUGACACAGCAGAUCAAAGAUCACUUGAAGACCGACCUAAACUAUGAAGUGACACCGCUAUAUAAAAUUGCGAGUAAAAAGACAGUUUCGUCGGGCCAGUCUCCUCAAAUUCAACUACGCGAUCGGCCUAAUACAACAAAAAGCUUUGAUGAUUUUCAAAUUUCUAAAAUCAUACAUGAGUAUAAAGAAUCAGUUUCUCAGAUAUCCGAGAUCCCUUACGACGAAAAUAUAAUGUCACAACGCCCACAAAAACCAUUUGAAUUCCCUGAUGGCUAUAAUAAUACUUUUGGUGCUGAACGAUACCGAGUGCCAGAAAUCAUGUUCAAUCCACAACAUGUUCGAUUGCCACCCGUAGAGCCUGGAAAGGAAACUGAACCUAUUCCCGGAUUAAAUGUUACCAGAAGUCAGAUACAACACUCUGCAGGUGUAUCUCAGCUUGUGUUCAAUAGUAUAAAUGCAUGUGAUAUCGAUCUGCGUCCUUUACUGUUCAAUAACGUUAUUGUGGCUGGCGGGAACACAUUAUUCCCUGGCUUCACCGAAAGACUCAGUAACGAUUUACCAGCAAUGGCACCAGGAAGUAAAGUAAAGGUUCAUGGCUUCAAUACACAAGUUGAAAGAAAGAGUAGUAGCUGGUUGGGUGGAUCUAUUUUGGCAUCACUAGGCACUUUCAAUCAAUUAUGGAUUUCUAAGAAAGAGUAUGAAGAAGUUGGUCCAUCUAUCAUUGAAACGAAAUGUCAAUAA